GGCGGCGCCGAGCACGCGGCGCCUGCGCGGUCCGCGGCAGCACGGGCGCUCCGCCACACGGGAGGAGGGAGGCCGAGGGGGCCUGGCGCGCAUGCGCCGCCCCCGGUCGCUCCUUACACCUACCCCGCCCGCGCGUGUGUGUGUGCGCGCGCGCGCGUGGAUGCGUGUGGCGGAGCUCGCGGCUGCCCCUCGCCACGGCCGCUGCGCGAGCGGAGCCCGGAGGCGCUGAGCGGCCGGGGCUGCGGCGGAGCCCUCUCAGCAGCCGCGGCGGUUUCCCCGCCCGCCCCCGCGCCUCCCUCGUCUCCCCGCUGCAGGAAUGGUUAUUCUGUUGCCUUGGAGAUGAUCCUGCUGCCUUAAAUGUAGGACUGAAGAUUAAUGGUGUGGGCAGUAUGGACCUAAUGAACGGACAGCCAAGCAGUGUUAAUAUUGCGGCUACUGCUUCAGAGAAGAGCAGCAGCUCUGAAUCCCUAAGUGACAAAGGUUCAGCUGAACUGAAGAAGAGCUUUGAUGCGGUGGUAUUUGAUGUUCUCAAGGUUACUCCAGAAGAAUAUGCAGGUCAGAUAACACUAAUGGAUGUCCCUGUAUUUAAAGCAAUUCAGCCAGAGGAACUGGCAAGUUGUGGGUGGAAUAAAAAAGAGAAAUACAGUUCUGCACCAAAUGCAGUUGCUUUCACCAGAAGAUUCAAUCAUGUAAGCUUCUGGGUGGUUAGAGAGAUUCUACAUGCACAAACUUUAAAAAUAAGAGCUGAAGUUUUGAGCCACUACAUUAAAACAGCUAAGAAACUGUAUGAGCUGAAUAACCUGCAUGCUCUCAUGGCAGUUGUGUCAGGCCUACAGAGUGCCCCGAUCUUCAGGCUGACUAAAACGUGGGCGUUACUGAGUCGGAAGGAUAAAGCCACAUUUGAAAAGCUGGAGUAUGUUAUGAGUAAAGAAGAUAACUACAAAAGGCUUAGAGACUAUAUCAGCAGCUUGAAGAUGACUCCAUGUAUCCCUUAUUUAGGUAUUUACCUCUCAGACUUGACGUAUAUUGAUUCUGCAUACCCAUCAACAGGGAGCAUUCUGGAAAGUGAGCAAAGAACAAAUUUAAUGAACAACAUACUUCGAAUUAUCUCAGAUUUACAGCAGUCCUGUGAAUAUGAUAUUCCUCUGUUGCCUCAUGUACAAAAAUAUCUAAACUCAGUUCAGUACAUAGAAGAGCUACAAAAGUUUGUAGAAGAUGACAAUUACAAACUUUCCUUAAAGAUAGAACCAGGGACCAGCACCCCACAUUCUGCUGCUUCCAGAGAAGAUUUAGUAGGCUCUGAAGUUGGAGCAUCUCCACAAAGUGGACGGAAAAAUGUUGCAGCUGAAGGAGCCUUGCUGCCACCAACACCCCCUUCACCUAGGAACUUGAUACCACAUGGACAUAGGAAAUGUCAUAGUCUCGGAUACAAUUUCAUACACAAAAUGAAUACGGCUGAAUUUAAAAGCGCAACAUUCCCCAACGCAGGACCAAGGCACCUACUGGAUGACAGUGUCAUGGAAUCUCAUGCCCCAUCCAGAGGGCAGGCAGAAAGCUCCACCCUUUCCAGUGGGAUUUCAAUAGGUAGCAGUGAUGGUUCUGAACUUAGUGAAGAGACAUCCUGGCCAGCAUUUGAAAGGAACAGGUUGUACCAUUCUCUCGGUCCGGGGACAAGAGUGGCACGAAAUGGCUAUCGAGGCCACAUGAAGGCCAGCAGCUCUCUAGAAUCUGAAGAUUUGGCUGUUCACUUGUAUCCAGGAGCAGUUACUAUUCAAGGUGUCCUCAGGAGGAAGACUUUGUUGAAAGAAGGCAAAAAACCUACUGUAGCAUCUUGGACAAAAUACUGGGCAGCACUGUGUGGAACUCAACUCUUCUACUACGCUGCAAAGUCUCUGAAGGCUACAGAGAGAAAACAUUUCAAAUCCACACCGAGUAAGAAUGUGUCAGUGGUAGGCUGGAUGGUGAUGAUGGCAGAUGACCCUGAACAUCCAGAUCUCUUUUUGUUGACGGAUUCUGAGAAGGGAAAUUCGUAUAAGUUUCAAGCUGGAAAUAGAAUGAAUGCAAUGCUCUGGUUUAAACACCUGAGUGCUGCCUGCCAAAGCAACAGACAACAGGUUCCUGCCAACUUGAUGACUUUUGAAUAGUAGGCUAGUUCAAAACAGAAAAGAGAACAAUUUGAACCAUCUCAUAAUUGAGAAUGAGGCCCUCAUGAAAAACGUGCCAGCUGUAUUCUGUGCCAGAACAGAGCCUGUCAACUCGAUCUCUGAACUCUGGAGCCCUGAACAAACCACUUAUGGUUGGGGAGUAAGUCCCCUAAGGAAAAAAUGGAGUUGCAACAUGAAUUGACAUGGACCAUGCUUCAUAAUAUUCUCUGAACUGACCUGUGGAAACCACUGCCUUAAAGAGUGAAAGGAAAACCAACACGAAACACCAAAUAGCGUGUGUGAAACUUCUGGCGGUGCUGUGCUUGAGUUAAAUAGAUUGUAGCUAGUUUGAGUUUCUUUUAACUUUAUACUAAUUUUGAAAAUAACUCACCUUUUUAGGUAUUCUUAAGAAAACAGGUAAACUGAUAUUUAAGGGUUAUAUCAAAAGCUGGGUUUGAACCGGGUAAAAGAGGUACUACAUGUUCUAGAGAUGUUGUUUAAACUAUACCAGGAGUUCUCAAUGGGAGCUUUCCCCAGGCACACUUAACCUGGAGCAGCAUCAUUUCUCUCGGACCUAAGAGUAUGAGAAUUGUAACAAAUGCAAGUUUAAUAGAGCAGUAAGCUUGCAAACCUUAGUACUGUAUGGGAGCCGUAGUCCCGGUGAGUGGCACAAAGGCUGAGCACUUAAGACACCAAAAAAUUUUUUUUGGUAUGUUGUUACCUAACUCCUGGUUAAAACAUAGUUCACGUGUUUUGGGUGGCUGGUGUGUGUGAAAGAGACCUUUGAAAGCAUUGUUGGGUCAGAACUGAGUGUUUUCCUCCCUUUUUUAUUUCUAUGCCUUUCACACUUCUGCACGUGGAGGUUCCAUGACAAAAAAAACACCACCUUGCUAAAGUUCACUGAGGCAUUUUACUUCUCUGGGUAUCUAUUAAUUACCAGCUAGGGAACACUGUCAGUGUAAGAUGUUUCGUGAUAUCACUUGAAAGACCUACAUUUUAAAAUGAUAGAGGCACAAUUUCAAGCAUCCAUGUUCUCAUUUUGCAAUUACUGAUUUUAUUAGCUGUCUUAGUCAAAAUAUAUGACAUUGUGCAUUAUUGAUAAUGUGGCCUAAAGCAGACCUUAUGUACAGAAGCUGUUUUGAUCUUCAGGAAAAUACUUAAUUUAAUUGAACAUGGAAUUACUUAAGGAAACAAAAACUUAGGACUAUCAAUGUUCCAUUCUUGAUAGAAAUAAUUCUUGGUCACUGAAAUUACUCUCCAAGGAAAAACGUUCGGAUUGUAAAAAGGGAGCCGUGCUUUACAUGUGUGUUUUAUGCCUAAGAAUUUGGUUCUUGCUUUAUUUGGGUUUCCUUGAAGUCGGAUGGAAUUUCUUAAGAUGGCUAGUCUUUAUUUAAUCUUCAGAAAUAUAAUCUUUUUAAAGCAAGGAAACACUGUCCAAAAUAUUAAUUUUAUAUCAGAACUUCUAAUCUGUGAAAAAGUAGUAAAUGUUCCAUUGACAUCGUGGUUUAGUGGCCGUAAAUAAGCUCGCAGACUCCACCAUGAUGCUGCUUUCUGAUAAGAGACAAACUAUCUACCAGUCUGUGGCAGAGUUCUCUGACUAUGUAAUAAAGGUUUCUAGUAGUAGUGAUUAUUUUGAAAAUGUACAGUUCAUUUAUUGCAUCAGAGUAGAAGCCUGUAAGUUCACGUUUUAAUUUUUCCAGAGUCGAAUUCAUCUCUUGAUGGAAAUGAUUAAUUUCUGGGGGGAAGAGAGAAGGAUAAUCCAAUCUCACAUUAAAAAAGAAACACCGAAACAAAAAACAAAGAACUUCUUGGUGAGCUGGAGUCAAUAGUAGUAGGCUGGAUUAUGUUUCCAAGAGCAAUUCCUCACUGUUUCAAUGGGCAAUGAAUAGUCUAUUCUGAUCCCGAAGUCAUGUAUUUUGGAAAGAGGUUGCUUGUGCUGAAUCCCUCUUCAGUUCUCAUGUCUCCCAAGUUAACCCAUGUUGGGUGUAUAGUAAAGACAACAUCUUCAUAGCCAGCAGUGUUACUGUAGUAGAAUUUGCACAACUUCUGUUUGGGUCUUUCAUUUAAAAAAUUAAUGUGUGUUUCUUCUCAACAACUAAGUGUUUUUUAACAAUGUGUGUACUUUUUAAGCAUUGUGGAUAAUAGCCCUGUGAAUUUUGAAUUUUUUAAAUAAGCUAAUAUAGAGUCAUUGCAGCAUAACCGUAUCUGUUCUUCUGUUAGUGAAAGGAAACAUGCAGCCGGGAGCCACAGCCUGACAUCUCUCAGCUUUGCUAAAGACAGAGACAGAUCAGAAGGUGUCGUUUGUUAUUGGUGGUUUGUUGUGUUUGGGUUUUUUUGUGUUUUUCCAGCUGUUUUAUGUUAGACUUUUGUGGUAGGAGGAUGGUGGAGAAAACAGUGCACAAAUCAUCUAGCGAAUUAUUGUUGUUACAAACUUUCUUUUUGGGCCUCCUACUCCUCUUCAUCUUUAUUUUUCCACACUCAGAUAUGGCAUUUUUCACAAGACAGAUUGACUCUUGUGGGAGGAGUUUCUUAAAUUAUUUCAUCAGAGUGGUUGGAGAGAAUAAUGACAACAGAGAAAACAUUACUGGCAUUUGUUAUAAUGAGUGGUUCAGUGCUUUCCUCUGGUUUACCUCAUGUUUGGUCAUGUCAUCCUACUGGGCACAAAUACUGAAAUGUUACGUAUUUGGAGAUAGAUGGGCAGGAGUGAUGGUUUUGUCACCUAAGGGAAAACUGCCCUGGUGAAGCUUUGGAAAAAGUCAGACAAGUCACGUACACUGUAAAGAAAAUAAUAAUGUUCCUCCUCUUUAAAAAAUAAAUAAAAAAAUUAAUUAAAUAAAACUAGUGCUGAGAAAACAAGGACAGCAACAAGCACAUAUUGUUCAGGUAAGACUGUUACCCAGACUAUCUCAGUUGACUUUCUCUUUGAUUUAUGUUGCAGUGUGUUGCUCUAAGUCUUUAUCUUGUCAGUAACUGCUGAAAUAUUUCAGCUAAUCUUUGUCACUUUAUUUCAUAAUAUUUUGAUUUUGAAAUUAAAGAUGCCCCUUAUAGUUCCCUGAUUGCAGGAAUAUGAACAAAAAUAAUUCAGAAUAGAUCUUCAUAGCAAGGCUUUAAAUGUAAGUGUUAAUCACCUGCUGACCGCUAACCACUUUUGUUAGUUAAACCAACAGUCUUGGGAAAGCUUGAGCAACAGAGAAUGUCUGGUUUAGAAAAUUGGUGCAAAUGCAGUAAAAAUGUAUUAUGCUGCUCUUACUACUAGUUGUUGAAUACUUAUGGCUACCUUUUAUCUUUCCAGGUUAAUCCUUUUUAAUUUUAGCUAGGUUUUUCAAGUUUGGCUUCCAUGCCUGUGUUCUUGGAAAGAAAGUAAGGAGGUUUCUUUUUGGGGGGGGAAAAAAAAAAAAAGUGGUAAUUUGAGUAAAUACAGCUCAUUCCAGACAUGUAUUUAAUUUUGCUGACAUUUCAUGCCAUAGGAACACUGCUCUGGUUAUUGUGAUUCAUUAAGUAGUUAGAUGCAAGUGAGAGGUGUUAAAAUUAUAAAUGGUAAAUGAAUAAAUACUACAUACUUAAUGAAGGAGCUUUAACACCUAUCUUUUAAAUUGUGUUGCAGUUAGGAUUUUUGUUUACUGUAAAAAUCAAAUACUGCUAAAAGAUCUGAAUGGGAAAAUAACAUGAUGGCAGACAUUAUUUGUCAACUCUGCAGCUUGCACGUUAAGCAGCUCCCUAACUAUGCACAGUGUUUUAGCCUCUUGCUUGAAGAAUCGGUGUUUUGGGGAAUCAGCUGAUUAACUUUCCUCCUCGCAACUCAACUGUAGAGUACAUGAACUUUGCCAGCAAAAAUGUUCAUAGUGGUAUGUGUAUUCAAAAAUAUGUAUGGAGUAAAAGAAAGCACAAAAGAAUAUGGCAGGAUUUUUAUCAGUUAUCUUUUCCUUAAUGGAAGUAAAUUAAUUUAAUUUUUUUUUCUUGCAAUGUCAGGCUCUUCUAUUUGCAUUUAUACAUUUGGAACAAUACAGUUCUAUUAAUGUGACAUAACAGAUGCUGAAAGGAAAUUCUUUCCCUUCCAGCAGAAGCAACUGUGGUCUUUUUCUGCUGCUAAAGGCAGUCUGGGAGGUUAGAUCCCUUUUGAUAAAAAAGCAAAUUGAAUUUGUGCUUUUGGUUUAACUUUAGCAAAUCUUUUCCAAAUCAAGAUGAGAUAAAUUGUGUAACAUUGUUUUUUCUGGCUCUGUCGGUGGCAUUUUUCUUUUUCUUUUUUUGUCCUUUUUUUGUGUGCUAACUCACCAACACUAGUAGUUCUAAUCUUUCUCAUGGCUGGUUAUAGUAUACUGCCUGUUAUAAGCAUCAAGACACCGGGGCUGGUACUAAAUCACAUCAGUUAAUUUGCUUAUUCUCCUUACAAGGUCAAGUUUUAUAAGUUUUGUUGUUGUUUAAACACUGCCCUUUUUCUUCCCUUUUACUCUAAAAAUGGCUUGUGCAUGAGGUGAUUGGCUUGGGAGAGCUGUACUUAAAAGAAUCUCUACAAGUGCACACCGAAUUUGAAGAACUUAUUUUUUUAAAAAACGUUAUUGUAAUUUAUAAUGUGUCAAGAGAUGAGCGCAUGGAUUUGAAGAGGACUUUGGUCAGUGCCUUAUCAGCUUGAAGAUUAAUUCUUUUAUUUCAGUGCUGAGUAUCGCAACACCUGCAGACUUAGACUCUGCCCUUUACGUAGGGAUGGGGGUGACAUUCCUUACAGUCAUUAAGCUUCUGCAGUUGGUUGUUGUGGUCAAUGUAAAACAGUUGUGGCUUGAGUUGCUUUGGUAUACUUUCCGUAUUGGAAUAGUCUCUCGUUAGCAAAGUGCAGCACUAUUUGGUAGCUUGGGUUUUUACAGCUUUUAUCAAAAAUAGCUCAGGCUUCUUUAAUUUAUUUUUAUUUGGUAUGUCUUUAAAUAGGUUUAUUGGUGGGGAAGAGAAGGAAAACUGAAAAGGGUAGUACAAGUCAUGGUCUAGAGCAUAUGAACUUAGACUUCAUUUUACUAGAGAUGAGCAUGCUUUUCUCUCUCCCUUUUAUUUGAUUUAAACAUUGAAGUGCAUAACCCUGAAAGGAUUUAUUCCUUACGAGCUUUUUGUUAAUUUAAAAUAAGUAACUACAGAGAAAAUUGGGGAGGGAGAAGGCUUGAAUAAAUCUUAUCUUGCCAUUUCUCAGUAUCCCAUAAGCUCAGUUUUGUAGGGUUGCACGUUCUAUGUCCAGCUCCAACACUACACGGAGAGUACUGACCUUCCCCGCAACAAAUGCGAGAGGUUGUUUUAGUAGCAAGACUUUAAGCUUUUGAAGGAGAAAUGAAAGAAGGGCUAUGUUGUUCUUAAGCUAUUAGAUGUUUUGUUUUGUUUUCUUGUAAUGCACCCUUAUUAAAAAAAAAUAGCAGUUUUACUGUAGUGUUGAUAAAUUCAGAUGCUGGAAAGGAAAGGAUUACUUUGAAAAUUAAUCAUAUCCUUCCUAAGAAUCUUCAAGAUAAUAGAAGGGAUUAGGUCAAAGGAGAAAGGACAAAUUACUUUGUUUAGCCAUGCAUGUUACCAAACAGAGCUGACAAAUUUUCUUGCUGUUAUGUUGCUAAGAAAAGGGCUGUAACGAAAUGGAAGUUUCUGCAGAUCACGGCACGGUUGCGGCUGUUGGCGUGAUCUUGCCCUUGAAUGACUAAAAGCAUCCUAAGUAUUCCACUCCCUGUAUGCGCUUGAUUAGCAUAUUGUUUCUUUUUAUUUUGGCAGUUUCUGGCCUCAGUGUGUUUCCUGAAGGUAUUUCUUACCAUUCCAGGACUGUUCACAGCUAAAGCUGAAAAGCAGUAUAAACUGAUUUAUUAAACACUGAAAGAGAGGGUUUCUGGGGUGCCUGUUUACAGAGCCUCUAGCUCCUUUUGUGCAGAUGGAUAUCCAUUCAAAUACUACUGUACUGAAGUGCGGAGAGCACCAGGAAAUCAUAUAUCUUUAAUAAUCCUGUUAGGACCAACCAUCACGGGAAGGGGGAUCAAGAUUGUCAUACAGUAAACACAAGCCAUUUUUAAUAUUCCCUGCUGAUGUGAGGCAUUGUAGUGAUAGAGCGAUUGCACUAUGAUCUCCUUGAGUGAUGUGCAGUUUGGCUGUCCUCUAGCCUUUUCUUUUCUUCAACUUUUUUAAAACUUAAGUGUGUGUGUGUGUGUGUGUGUGAAAACUGUGUGUUUGCAUAAGCUAGUUUAAAUGAAUUUAAGUACAGGUUUCAAAAAUCUUUCCUACUAAAAUAAAUGAUUUAAAAUAUGGA